CCAAUCAGACGCGCCGACGUGCUGAAGCGGUGAAUGUGCCCCGCUAACCGCGAGGCUCAACACGAGGCCGCGCCCCUCAUUCCUACAAUUGACCCUUUGACUUCUCCACAACAUUUCUUUUGUUGCCUUGCCCCAAUCACUCACCCUCACCUCCACAGUACGCACCGAUACCAACCAUGGCCGACCACGCAGACGACCUCCACGCCGAGCAGACCGAGGGCUUCAAGGUUGGCGAGAAGAAGACCAUUGACGAGUACCAGCAGUUGGACCAGAACGACGAGUCCCUCCAGAAGUGGAAAGCGUCCCUUGGUCUUGGACAAGGCAAGGACAUCUCCGACCCCAACGACCCUCGCCGUUGCAUCAUCCUCUCUCUCGCUCUCGAAGUCGAAGGCCGCGAUGAUAUCGUUAUCGACCUGCGUGCACCUGGUGCCGUCGAGGCUCUUGAGAAAAAGCCCUUCUCUAUCAAGGAAGGUGCUCGGUUCCGCAUGAAGGCACAGUUCAAGGUGCAACACGAUAUCCUGUCUGGUCUGAAGUACCUCCAGAAGGUCUCGCGCAUGGGUGUCAGCGAGAAGCUUCAGGAGAUGAUGGGCUCAUAUGGUCCCAGCACCGAGGAGAAGCCAUACUACGAGAAGAAGUUCGAACCUGAAACUGCCCCCUCCGGUAUGCUCGGCCGUGGCCACUACACUGCCGUCUCCAAAUUCGUCGACGAUGACAACAACACCCAUCUCCAGUUCAAGUGGUCAUUCGACAUCAAGAAGGACUGGUAGUUUGCGGUCGCAUGUGUUUGGCUGACGGGGACAUUCAUGUAGCGAUAUAGCGGAAGGUGUCAUUUUCUUUCGAUUGGAAGCGAUGGAUAUCCAGGGUAGCUUGAGCUCCCACGAA